GACGCUUGUUGGAGUUUAGACAAGCGGAGGGAGCAAAAUGGCGGACGAAGAUAUUACGCUUGAUGGAAAACCUCUACAAUCGCUGAGAGUCGCGGAUUUAAAAGCCGCGCUGGAGCAAAGAAACCUCCCAAAAAGCGGGCAGAAAAACACACUCAUGAAGCGACUGAAAGGGGCUCUGAUGCUGGAAAAUCUUCAGAAGUCAUCCUCCUCUCACAGCGGGCUGCAGCCCAACUCACAGAUAGGUGAGGAGAUGAGCCAGAAUAGCUUCAUAAAACAGUACCUGGCCAAACAGCAGGAGCUCCUUCGCCAGAGACUGGAGAGAGAGGCCCAGCAGGAUGAAGACGCAGACGAAAGCCCAGCAGUGCCGGAGGAGGAUGACGACCACUCGGAGGACAAUGAUAGUUCUUCCUAUGUCUCUGACAAGCUGCAUCGCUCCAUACCCUCCCAGCCCUCAAUGACCAGGGCGGAGGAGAAGGGAGGAGGAGACUCAGUGAUGGGUCAUGGGAUGAUGGCCUGCGGGACUGACAUGGGCCCCGGUCCUAACCUCCACCCCCAGGAGUCCCUUGAGGCUCCAGGAGCUAGGAUGCAGAGAGCCACCUUUCACCAAGGACACAAGGAGCCACCAGCUCCCUCUCCUCCCCGUGCCGUAGCAUCUCUGUCAGUGCGAGUCCUGGGUCAGCCUGACCGCCAGGGGCUGCCCCCUGCCGUAUCCCGAGCCCAGCAGAAGGAGGGCACCGCGCCGAGUGAACCAGGAUCAGCUCACCCCGUCCUUCACCUUAGCCGAUCUGCCGGGGUCUCAACAGGAGGUCACGAGGACGAUGAUGAAGAUGACGACGACGACAGUGAGGAUGACGAGGAUUGGGGGCCUGGUCCUGGCGGGUCACGAAGGGGCAACAGAGUGCCUCCCCAGCCACAGCAGAUGCCCCCCAGUGCGCCAUCAACAGUUGUAAGAUCCAAACGCAAGCUCCAGCCUCCGCAGCACAUCCCACCACCACAGGCACACCACACCCCAAUGCAACUGCGCCACCCCACUCCUCCUCCCUCUCCACCCCCUGACCUGUUUCCCCUACCUGACACUCCCAAGCAGAGCCCACCAGACACAGACGACCAGGAGGGUGAAGGCCCUGAGGCUGCUCGUGGUCCAAGGGUGACGCCCUUCCCACCUUCCACCAUGCAGAGGCAAGACUCUGACUCAAGCUCACGUUCCAGCAGUCCUGAGCCCUCUGUGAAGCGCAGGCCGGGGCCCCUUUCUCUGCUCGUACACAAGAUGGAGUCAGAGGGGGCUUUCUGUGCAGGGGAGGCCACCUCGGCUGCGGAUAUGUCGGGAGAGGCCGCACACUCCUCUGCUGGGUCUGCCGGUUCCAGUGAAUCUCCACUGCAGAGACUGGAGAGAAAGAGGCUGCAGGAGAACAGAGAGAAGGAGGAAGAGAGGCGGAUGAAGGAGGAGAAGGAGAGAGAAAGAAGGAUGAUACAAGAACAGGAGAGAGAGAAGAAGAAGCAGGAAGAAGAGAAGGAGAGGAAACGACUGGAAGAGGAGGAGAAACAGCGUCAGAAAGACGAGCAAGAAAAAGAGAGAAAACAUCAGGAGGGGGAGAGGAGGAGGAAGGAGAAACUGCUAGAGGAGAAGAACAAGAGACAGGAGGCGGCCAACAAAGACAGGGUGGUUGGGAUGAAGGUCCAAGAUUCAGGAUCCUCAUCAGAUUCUGACUCCCAGUCAGACUCCUCUCCACGCUCAUCACAGUCCUCCUCCUCCUCCGGGGAUAAAACCCGCCCUGCCAGGCAGCUGAAGAAGGCAGACCAAGGACAAGAAUCAGAGGAUGAGAAAAAGACUAACCAGAGCAAAGGGGCAGAGAAACGCUCCCUUUCAAAAAGGGAGGUGUCGGAGCCCAGCGCAGCUGCUGUGACAGAGGUGGAACCAGACGCAGAGAGCUCCAUGCCCCAGCAGCCGCCCUCCGGGGCCGAGCCGGAGAACAGCGAGGGGCGCCUGGAGGAGAUGAUCUCUCACACACGCACACACCUGUCUGUCUGGUCACCGCAGAGGGAUGCUGCUGGAAUACAAGUAGUGAUGAGCACCACUCCUAAGGCUUUUGCUGCUCGCAAGAUAUCCCUGACCAGCAGUAAAAUGUCUCCAGCCACCACAGACGGAGGAGCAGGAGAGUCGGAGACAGGAAGUGCAGCAGGGAGGAAGAGGCGGUGGGGCUCCAGCACAUCAGUGACUACAAAGAAACCAUCCAUCAGCAUCACCACUGACUCACUGAAGUCUUUGAUCCCAGACAUCAAAGUGAACCAGGAGGCGGUGGUGGAGCUGCACCCAGAGGAGCUUCAGCUGUCCGGGGACGAGGAGAACCUGGACACUAGCCGGGGCGACCAGGACAAAGGCCUCAAGAUCCGACGCACCGUCACACAGGUCGUCCCAGGUGACAGCCAGGAAAAUGGACAGACAAAUGAAGAAGAGGAGGAGGUGGAGAAAACAGAGAAAGAAAAACAACGCAGGACUUCCAGAGACAAAAGAAAGAACAGUGUUUCAGAGGAAGCCUCGGAAACACAGACAUUUGUCAAGCACGAUGGAGAGGCAAAGAAAGUUACCCCCAGCGACAGUCUGGUGCGCCGCUCCAUAAGCCAACAGAAGUCUGGCGUGUCCGUGACCAUUGAUGACCCCGUACGCACAACCAGGCAGCCCUCGCCGCCUCAUGGCAAAGUCUCAAAUAUUAUCCAUGUGACCAACCUGGUCCGUCCCUUCACCCUGGGCCAGCUCAAGGAGCUCCUGAACAGGACGGGCAGCGUGGUGGAAGAGGGCUUCUGGAUCGACAAGAUCAAGUCUCACUGCUUCGUCACAUACUCCACCACAGAGGAGGCGGUCGCCACCAGAGCUUCCCUCCACGGGGUCAAAUGGCCUCUGAGCAAUCCUAAGGUCCUCAGCGUCGACUUCUGUGAGCAGGAUGAGCUGGACUUUCACAAAGGGGUCCUGAAGCCGGAAAAGGUGGAGGACCCUAUUGCCCAGCCAGCAGGUCCUCAGAACCGACUGCCCCCUCUGAUGCCUGAGCGAGAAAGGGACAGAGAAAGAGACCGGGACAGAGAGCGCGAUCGAGACCGCGAACGGGACCGAGGCGUGGCCAUGGCUGGAGUGCGGGAUCUGUGGGCAGAGCGGGAGAGAGAGAUGGAGCGCCGGGAACGGGCCCGUGGCGAGCGGGAAUGGGACCGAGAUAAGGUCCGGGAAUUUGCAAGACCAGGAGAGGACGGGCAACGCUCUCGCUCCAGAGACAGAGAGAGGAGGAGGAGGGAGAGGGCCAAGAGCAAGGAGAGGAAGACCGAUAAGAAGGAGAAAGGAGACGAGCCUCCUGCCAAACUGCUAGACGACUUGUUCCUCAAGACCAAAGCAGCUCCGUGCAUAUACUGGCUUCCCCUCACUGAGGAGCAGGCGACGCAGAGGCUGUUGGACCGCACGGAGCGGCAAAAGGAGCGCGAGCGAAGGCGCAAAGAGCAGCAAGAGGAGGCGGAGAAGAAGCGCGAGGAGGAGAGGAAGGAGAGGCUGAAGGGCCGGGAGAAGGAGGUCAGCGUGGCGGCGAGCGGCGGAGCAGCCGGACGAGGAGCCGACGGAGACAGAGAGAGGGACCGGGGCCGAGACAGAGAGGGGGACAAAAAGAGGGACAGCAGCCACCGACCCAGACGACCCUCGGCAAGUGCUGGCAGUGGGCGGCGCUCCCGUAGCCGUAGCAACCCCAGGGACAGACGCCGCUGAGGGCUGAGCAGCUGCAGAGAAAGCUGAAGAGAGGGGAAGGGAGGGGGGGACACGGCUUAGCGGAGGACACUGCAGACAGGAAGUCUUGGGAGGGAGUGUUUCCACUUGGAGAUGCAUUUCUCUUGCAUCAAGUUCAGGACUUGUGUCUGCUGCUCGCCACCUGCCCCACGUGCUUUAAUUCGUCCACUUUGAUGCCAGCGUUGUCUUCCACCCGCUUCUGCCAUUUCCCUUCCUCCCCGCCCACCCGUCCGCCCACACCUCGUCCACAUCAAUUUACACAUGUUGAGUACACGUUUUGUUAGUAGUUAAACGGCGGCUCAUCUAGCUCCCCACUCUUUUGUUCUGUCGUCCGGAAGCAGAAGUCACUCCUGUCCCUCUGCAGAGAGCGGCGUUCCUCCUCGUCUCCGUGCUGUUUAAUUCUCCUCUGUUGAAGAAGCAGAGAAGGGUGGUGUGUAUUUUUUUUCUUUUGGGCUCGCCUCAGCAUUUUGUCCCACUGAGGUUUGGGAGCCUGCCUCUUUAUUUUAGUUCUGCGGGCGCACAGUUCCUUCCUCCUCCGAGCCCUGUAAUAAAAUCAGUCCAAAAUAGAUCCCUGACCUUCAAAUAUUUCCUAGGAUCAGUUUUAGUGUUCUACUCUUCAGCACACAGUUGUUGAUUUUUUUUGUUUAUUUUUUACAGGCAGUCUUUGUCAAAGUGAGGAAAGUUAUUUUGUUGAAGUUUUAUGAAUCAUGUCAAUCUUUUUCAGCCUUGGAGGGGUUGUUGUGCGCCACAGCAGGUGAUGUUUGUGCGAGUAUAUAACCUUCAUCUCCCUCUCCCACGGCGAUACAACUGGUACCAAGUCUCAACACUGUAACCUAGAAAAGUGUGCGAUAGGAAGAGACGCGCCCAAGCUCAUCUUCUAGUAGAUGUUUUUGGAAAUAAGAGGGGGAGGAUAUAAAAUUCUUCAAGUGGAGGUUUACUCUGUAAUAAUUAGGGGAAGCUGACCUUCCCUGCACUGAAGUCUCCAUUUGGGAAAUCCCUCCUCUGACCCAUCAAUCAUAUAUAUUUAAGAGGACGUUUACCUGCUAAUAGAGUAAUAGUUACAAUUUUAAUAUCUUAAUUUUAUGUUUUUAGUUUGAAACAGUUGCUUUUUUUCUUCUCCUGCAAGUGCUGAAUGUACUGAGAAUUUAAAAAAUGAAUAAAUUUAAAUUGGUUAUCA